UUAGAAGAGCAAGGAUCCAAGAGUUUGAAGAUGUGAUAUGCAGAUGGUUUGCUCCACAAAUCAGCAGAUGAAACCACAAAAGCUCAACACUCUGCUUUAAUAAAUAUCUCGAUUUUUCUUUGUUUCAAUUUUCCAUUCUUAAAAUCUCAAAAACCAUUUAUCAUUCUUUAUAAAAAAAAAAUUUAGUUAAAUCACAUUCAUCCAAAAAAAAAGUUGAUCACGUAAAUUUGUAUUCCUAUUAUUUAUAUUUUCCUUUGUAUCUCGAAAUUUGUGUGUUUGAUUGAUAGAAGCUUUCGUCCAAUUGCAUAACUAUUACGUCAGUUUACUAAAAAGGUAUUUUUUUUUGUAACAUGGCUUACGAAAAAGUUACAAGCUACUCGACCAAUUUCACCACUACAAAUGGUUAUUAUCCAAAGUUCCGUUAUAAAAGUGAUCCAUUAUUAUAAGGUGACAAACAAUCCGUCAUCGUAUUCCAUUUUCACAUGUUUGUGCACAUCACAUCCAAUUCCAAACUGUUUCAAGUGUCAUCAUUUUGUAACGGCCAAACGAUAAAAGAAAGAAAGUCUACAUAUUUGGCAUUGCCAUUCUCACGCAACAUCAAACGUAGUCAAGUUCAACGAACAUAACAUUCCUCCUCCCCUCUCCUUUUAUUUUGGUUUGUAUUCGGUUACAAAUUUAAUAAAAGUUUUCCCUUUAACAAGUUGGGUUUAAUUAUUUAUUUAUUCUUUGAAGUAGCAAAAAGAACUACAAAUCUGGUGGCCACAUCAGGAAGGCAUAUUGGGCUAUUUGUAUUACUUUUCACACUGACCAACCCUUAAUGAGUUCAUUUUUAUUUAGAAAAUUCCUUUAUGUAAUCCUCGUGGUGGUUUGGUGUUGGUUUUGUCUACGUUUUAUUUGAUCAUCAUCAAUCAUUUUACAUAAUGUAUAUAAUAUAUACUCAUACCAUUCAACAUUGUUAACUUGCAUAAAUGAAUUUGAUGGAAAGCAAUGUCUCAUCUAAUAAUAUAUAAAUGGCCACAAAUCAACGUAAGUUGGGGCAAAUCUCAUCUAAGUUUAUUAAAGGGUCAAAACGACUGAUAAGAAGACAUCAUUGAGAAGAACAAAACCAUACAAAUCUUAAGUUUAACAAUAUCCUACUUUUGAAAAAAUAAUGUAAACGUUUUGUUCCACAUAUUUGUAUACAUAUGCAAAUAUUUUAGAAAAUAAAAAUGGACUUGUAUAUCGGUUUUUCACUAAAAAAUGUAUGAAUUAUGUUAGAACUUAAACAUCAUUUCUAAAGUAGCUUAAUGUCACAUGGAACUUCUUCAGAAGUCCCUCGUUGGCUUUUGGUUUUUCAUCAAUAAUGUUGAUCAACGCUUUGGGAUCCAUGUGAUGACUACAUCAAGAUUCCGAUUGUUAUCUCUCCAAUUAAUUUUAUUUCGCCUUUUUAAAAUACCAUGAAAUUUAACGACCUCUAUAUAUAUAUAUAUAUAUAUAUAUAUAUAUAUAUAUAUAUAUAUAUAUAUAUAUAUAUAUAUAUAUCCAACACAACCACUUAAAGAACUAUUCCAUUUUAUCUUGGGUUAUUCCUCCUUUCUCCACAUGAUGGAUACAUUCUCUUGUAAUACUUAUGAACAAAAUCACUCCCCUUUCGAUCAUCAGGAUGAUGUUGUUGAUAUUGAUGAUCAUGAUCAUCAUCAUGCUGGUGAUCAUGAAGAAGAGAGUGGAUGGACAACUUAUCUCGACGAUUUCUCAAAUCAAUACAGAACUCAUUGUGAAGACAGCGAUCAUCAAGACAAGAGUUCUUGUUCGCUUCUUGGCGUCUCUCCUUCUCUGAUCUCCGACGCCGCCACUGACGCCUUUUCCGGCCGGAACUUUCCAGUUAAUUUUCCGGCCAAGUUGAAGUUUGGGAAAGCAAGAACCAAAAAGAUUUCUGAGGAUGACUCUCUAGAGGACACGGCUAGCUCUCCGGUUAAUAGCCCUAAGGUCAGUCAGGUUGAACAUAUUCAGACGCUUCCUAGAAAAACUGAGGACUAUGUCUCUUCUAGUUUCGUUAUGAGAACUACGAGAGGCAUGGUGGAUAAUCAGAUCCAAAUCCAAGAAGGGUAUGAACAAAGUAUGACGAUGACGAGGAAUCUUGGAGAAGGAAACAUCAACAACAAUAACAACAAUAUGGACUUGAGGAGUAGAGGAUUAUGUGUCGUUCCUAUUUCCAUGUUGGCUAACUUUAAUGGUCGCUUCUGAAUGAUAAUCAAUUCUAAUUUAAACACCCUUGUGAACUUGGUGGUGCUUAUAUAUGUACCCGUCUUGAAUAUAUUUGCUUGAAAGUGGGUACAUCGUGGUGUGUAAGUGAUUAAUUAUAUAUAUAUAGUUUGUGUAAAUAUAUAUAAGCGCAUAUCGGUGGGAUAUUUGUAAA